CAUGAGUGCAGGCAACGAGGCUAGAAGUUCCUGAGAGCUGCUGUACCACCUUGGAGCUCGUGGAUAAAUAAUAAAAAUGUCAGACAACGACAAAGACAUCACAAACGAGAUCUCCAACCUGGAGAUCGAGGACACAGGCAAGAAGCUGACCCACAAGGAGAAGAAGAAACUCAAGAAGCAGCUGGAGUAUGAGAGGACCAUGGAGAUGAUGACCAAGGCUGGGGGACAGGGCCACAGUGAGUUGGAGUCGAAUUUCACAGUUUCACAGAGUCAGACACAGACUCGUGGUCAACACACCCUCGACAAUGCUGUUGAUAUCAAGGUCGAGAAUUUUAGCAUCGCUGCCAAGGGAAAGGAGCUCUUCACAAACGCCAGCUUGCUCAUUGCCCAGGGGAGGAGAUAUGGUCUUGUUGGACCCAAUGGGCACGGAAAAACCACACUACUCCGACACAUAGAGAAAAGAGCCUUCAACAUCCCCCCAAGCAUCGACAUUCUGUACUGCGAGCAGGAGGUGGUAGCCGACAACACCCCAGCAGUGGAAGUAGUCCUGAAAGCGGACGUGAAAUGCGUAGCCCUCCAGGAAAAAUGUAAAAAAUUGGAGGAAGAAUCUGAGAAGUCGAGUAACGACGAGAUCCAGGCGCAGCUGCAGGAAGUUUACGAGGAGCUGAAGGCAAUCGGUGCUGAUUCUGCUGAGCCAAGAGCCCGAAGAAUCCUGGCUGGUUUGGGAUUCAGCAGAUCAAUGCAGAAUCGUGCCACCAAGAAUUUCUCCGGUGGUUGGAGGAUGAGAGUCUCACUAGCCAGGGCUCUCUUCCUGGAGCCAACUCUCCUUCUCCUCGACGAGCCGACGAACCACUUGGACCUGAACGCUGUCAUCUGGCUGGACAACUACCUCCAGGGCUGGAAGAAGACCCUGCUGAUAGUCUCCCACGACCAGAGCUUCCUGGACAACGUCUGCACUGACAUCAUCCACUUAGACAUGCAGAAGCUGUUCUAUUACAAGGGGAACUACAGCAUGUUCAAGAAGAUGUUCGAGCAGAAGAGAAAGGAGAUGAUAAAGGCUUACGAGAAGCAGGAGAAGAGGAUAAAGGAUCUGAAGGCCUCGGGACAGAGCAAAAAGGCCGCUGAGAAGAAGCAGAAAGAAGCCCUGACGAGAAAACAAGAGAAAAAUCGCACGAAAAUGCAGAAAACUGAGGAGGACACUGGACCCCAGGAGCUGCUUCAAAAACCCAGGGAGUACAUCGUGAAAUUCAGCUUCCCAGACCCACCACCUCUGCAACCUCCGAUCCUUGGGAUCCACAAUGUGACGUUUGCGUACGAGGGUCAGAAGCCCCUGUUCAUUGACGUAGAUUUUGGAAUUGACUUGAGCUCACGUGUCGCUAUUGUUGGACCUAAUGGGGUGGGAAAGUCGACGUUUUUGAAGCUUCUUCUCGGGGAGUUGACUCCGUUGAAAGGGGAUUUGAUUAGAAAUCAUCGGUUGAGAAUUGGAAGAUUUGAUCAGCACUCAGGUGAGCAUUUGACCGCGGAGGAAACUCCCUCCGAGUAUCUGAUGCGUCUCUUCGACCUGCCAUACGAAAAAGCACGGAAGCAACUCGGCACAUUUGGUUUGAGUUCCCACGCGCACACGAUUAAGAUGAAGGACUUGUCUGGUGGACAGAAGGCUCGUGUAGCCCUGGCUGAGUUGUGUCUGAAUGCGCCAGACGUCGUUAUUCUCGACGAGCCGACGAAUAACCUUGAUAUCGAGUCCAUCGAUGCCCUCGCAGAGGCGAUUAAUGCGUACAAGGGAGGAGUUAUCAUCGUCUCCCACGACGAGAGACUCAUCAGGGACACUGAGUGCUGUCUGUACGUCAUCGAGAACCAAGUGAUCAACGAAAUCGAUGGGGACUUCGACGACUACAGGAAAGAACUGCUCGAGAGCCUCGGGGAGGUCAUCAACAAUCCCAGUAUUGCUGCCAAUGCUGCGGUCCUUCAAUGACCGGUUGUGAUGGAUUUCUAGUGAUUGGAAUUUAAUUGAAGGGCAGUUGUGAGAGGAAUUGGGGAAAUGGAAUUUUUUGUACAAUCAGGAAUGUUGGAAUUUUAUCAGAAUGCAUUUAUGUCGGGACGUUUGAGAUUUCUUCGAUUGAGGGAAUGCUCAUUAAACCAGUUUAUAUUGAA